AUCUCUACACUUCAAACACAAAGAAUAGACAGUGGGACGCAAAGAUGGCCAAACUYAUCAUCUUGAUGGGGCUUUUGCUCCUURGUUUCUCUGAAACAUUGGUAAAAGCUCAUGAAGACUGGCUAUACAAAGAUCCAAAACAACCAUUAAGUGUUCGACUCAAAGAUCUGGUUGGUCGGAUGACUCUCGAAGAAAAAGUUGGCCAAAUGACCCAAAUUGAAAGGGUUAAUGCUACAGCAGAGGUUAUGAAAAAUUCUUUCAUUGGGAGUGUAUUGAGUGCUGGAGGCAGUCCUCCAAAAAAGAAAGCUUCUCCUGAGGAUUGGAUCAACAUGGUUAAUGAAAUGCAAAAAGGAGCUUUGUCAACAAGGCUUGGAAUUCCAAUGAUAUAUGGGAUUGAUGCUGUACAUGGUCACAACAAUGUCUUUGGUGCAACCAUUUUCCCUCACAAUGUUGGGCUUGGAGUUACAAGGGAUCCCCAACUAAUGAAGAAGAUUGGGGCUGCUACUGCGCUUGAAGUUAGAGCUACUGGCAUUCCUUAUGCUUUUUCGCCUUGUAUAGCGGUUUGUAGAGAUCCAAGAUGGGGUCGAUGUUAUGAAAGCUUCAGUGAAGAUUCUGAUAUAGUUAAAGAAAUGACUGAGAUCAUAUCAGGUUUACAAGGAGAAAUCCCACCUAAACAUCGUCAGAAUACUCCUUAUCUCUCUGGAAAAGACAAGGUGGCAGGUUGUGCAAAGCACUUUGUGGGUGAUGGAGGAACCACUAAAGGCAUCAAUGAGAACAACACAGAGAUAAGUAAAGAUGGAUUGUUUAAAAUUCACAUGCCAGGUUACUAUCCCUCAGUCAGCAAGGGAGUUGCAACUGUUAUGGCUUCUUAUUCAAGUUGGAAUGGAGAGAAGAUGCAUGCUAACAAAUAUCUUAUUACCGACUUUCUUAAGAACACUCUUAAGUUCAAGGGUUUUGUCAUCUCAGACUGGGAGGGUAUUGACAGAAUUACCACUCCACCUCAUUCAAAUUAUUCAUAUUCCAUCCUAGCAAGCGUUACUGCUGGCCUUGACAUGAUAAUGGUACCAUACAACUAUCCAGAGUUCAUCAAUGGCCUUAUCUCGUUGGUUAAAAGCAAUGCAAUUCCUAUGAGUCGAAUUGAUGAUGCAGUGACUAGAAUUUUGCGAGUCAAAUUUGUUAUGGGUUUAUUUGAGAACCCGUUAGCUGAUCAAAGCUUUGUUAACGAACUAGGCAAAAAGGAGCAUAGAGAAUUAGCGAGGGAAGCAGUAAGAAAAUCACUAGUGUUGUUGAAGAAUGGAGCUUCGGCGGACAAACCAUUGCUACCACUUCCAAAGAAAGCACCAAAAAUACUUGUUGCUGGUACCCAUGCAGACAACCUUGGCUACCAGUGUGGUGGUUGGACUAUCGAGUGGCAAGGCACCUCGGGCAACGACCUUACGACUGGUACAACUGUGCUUUCUGCCAUAAAAGAAACAGUCGAUUCUGGAACACAAGUUGUAUUUGAGGAGAAUCCAAAGAAGGAGUUUGUCCAAUCACAGGAAUUUUCGUAUGCCAUUGUCGUAGUGGGAGAACCUCCAUAUGCAGAAACCGCGGGUGACAGCUUGAAUUUGACAAUUCCUGACCCUGGUCCAAGCAUCAUUACAAAUGUUUGUGGAACAGUAAAAUGUGUGGUUGUACUAAUUUCAGGAAGGCCCGUAGUAAUCCAGCCUUAUCUUGAUUCAAUAGAAGCACUUGUAGCUGCUUGGCUUCCAGGAACGGAAGGCAAAGGCAUUACUGAUGUGUUAUUUGGUGAUUAUGGAUUCACUGGAAAGCUUGCACGAACAUGGUUCAAGACUGUGGAUCAACUGCCAAUGAAUUUCGGGGAUCCAAAUUAUGAUCCUUUGUUCCCGUUUGGAUUUGGCCUUACUACUCAACCUGCCCAUUAGAUUCUUGUUUUAGCUUAACUACUUUCUACCUAUAGGAAAAAUAAUGUUCUUUAAUUUAUUAUUAUUAUUAUUAUUAUAAAUCGUAUUUGAAUUUGAUGCCCAUAACUUUU